CCUUUAAUAGAGAAAAAGAAAGUAUUAACUUUGAUCUAAAUAAAGGAAGAGAAACAAAAACAACACACAUAUGAAAUAAUCAUCUGGAAAUACACCACUUGACAUUUGCGAUUCUGUGGCACCAGAAGGAUACCUAUUCACUGUUUCUGAAAGAUAAAUAUCACUUUUUUAAUGUAUACUAAAUUACGCAGUAAAUUGAUCACAAGUGUUUUCUAUUGUUACAUAUGUUUCUCCAAUAUUCGCAUGUGUUUACUUAUGAAGCGUGUAUUAAGAGGACAAUUUACUAGCCUGCGCAAAUUCUAUGUUGAAACAAAGCUAUAAUUUACAUAUAACAGAAACGAAAAGCAUUUUUUUGAAAAAAAAAAAAUUAAUAUGUUUCUAUUAAAUUAUUGCGGGAAUCAAGAGUUCUUCUAUCUCUUCCAGGAGAGGGCCGACACAGUCUUUACCAGUGGCAACACACUUGAUGAUAACUGGGAGUAUAUCCCUGCUGUAUUUGGUACGCUCGCUGGCAUAGCUGUACUGGCUGUGAUUAUUUACCUUGCUGUGCACGUUUGCUUUGUGCGUGUUUGCGUUUGUGGUGACUCCGAACGUCUCGUGGUGAAGGAGACAGGAAAUGAGCGGAAAAAUUCACAAAAGAACUCGGCCUUCCAAAAAGUAUAAAGACCAUGUGUGGAUGGUGUUGUGCUGUAUUUGACUAACUGUUAUUAUGAUGUAAACUGUCCUUCAAUGAAGAUUAGUUUACUGAAGAAAUAGAAAUUGUGUAAAGAUUAUUUAUUUUCGCAUACUGUAGAUUUUUCAUAUGCUAAACGAAAACGGACAAUGAAAACUUUUUGUAAAUAUGUUAAAAAAACCCAUCUGACGCAUACGCCACCCCAUCCGCUUCACCACCACCACCGUCGUCUCUCAGAAUAUCAUAUGAGCCGUGCCAUGAGAAAACCAACAUAGUGGGUAUGCGACCAGCAUGGAUCAAGACCAGCCUGCGCAUCCGCGCAGUCUGGUCAGGAUCCAUGCUGUUCGCUAAUAGUUUCUCCAAUUCCAAUAGGCUUUAAAAGCGAACAGCAUGGAGCCUGACCAGCCUGCGCGGAUGCGCAGGCUGGUCUGGAUCCAUGCUGGUCGCAUACCCACUAUGUUGGUUUUCCCAUGGCACGGCUCAUAUAAGUAUGGAUAAACUUUUAAGGUUGACUGACUGUCCAUCUCGUUUAGACGAAUCAUUUUUCUGUAUAUGAUACAAUUGUUUCAUAAUUAUAUGAUAUUCUGCGAGACUUUGUGUCACCACAACUGCAGUUUCGCUUUAUCAUCCAAGUCCUAAAAAUAAUUCAUAGAAUUUUAACCAUAUCUGGCGACACACCAGUGACAAAUAUAUAUUCAACUUGGUAUACAAAUUGAACAAAUUUUCUUGAUUCGGUAUAAGAUUAGUUUGUAAAAUUGAUUUUCAUUGAAGUUUUCACUUGCUUGUUCUAAUGGUAUACCUGUAUUCGUAGUUUUGUACAUGAACUGUCAAUUAAAUGCACUGAAGUACUGGGCCGUAUUCAUAAAGCAUCUUAAGUAUAAGUAUAAGAAAUUGAUUAUUUAUUCAAGUAUUACUUAGGUAAGAAAUGUAUUUUACUUAAGUAUAUUUGUUAUUCAUAAAACAAUUUAAUAAGUAAUUCUUGGCUUUUAUUGUGGACGGAAACAUUAAAAAAGACAACAUUAAUUUCAAACAGAUACAACACGCACAAUCAUGUUUAAUGUGCUUUUAUCUGAAAAACAACACCUUAAUCGUACUCACGAUGCCAUUUUCUUUUCUGACAUAAGUCAUUUCUUACGUAUCUUAAGUUUAAGCUGUUUUAUGAAUAAGACUUAAGUUUUUACUUAGACUUAAGCUGAAAUCACCACAAACUGUAGUAAAAUCGUCAACGUAAGUCAAAACUUAUACUUAAGAUGCUUUAUGAAUACGGCCCCUGAUAUAUUUUCCUGCUUUACAUAAUGUGGUCAUAAUGUGCAAUAAAAUAAGUGCAUAUUUGGUAUUUUUACAUUGUUGGACUUGUGUUUACAUGUGCGAAUUAUGUAUAUAUAUAUAUAUGAUUUAUAGAAUGUAUGAUUGUGCUUAUGAAAAUUGUUGUUGAUGCAUUGUUUCCAUUUGUCUUGCCUCUGAAGUUUUUCGUGUGUUAUAAUACUGUGUUUGUAUUAUGGACAGCUGUUGUCCAAAUAAAGAUAUUUUGAACUUAAUAUUAAGGUAUUUCCAUCUGAUAUUUUAGAUAUAUGUCAUAUUUGUUGUAUCAUUUCAAUGAUCUAGAAUUAUGACGUCCUAAGUAAAAAACAGCUGUUUCCAGGAAAAAUUUGUCAUUACUUUAAUCUUAGCUGAUAUGAAUUAAUAAUAUGUUAAAAUCUUUCCUAAAGACCUGUUUUCAAAGAUGACAGGAAUUGGUUUUUAGUAAAAUAAAUCAUCUUCUUAUCACUGUAAAAUUCUAGGUGUAAGAUAAUUCUUUAUUUUGGUGCUUACUUUUGCCGCUGUGUUCAUGUCUCUGAUAAUUAUAUACUAGUACCAGGUUUUUGUUUACUCGCUUCCAUUAUAUUUGUUGAAAUAUGUUUGAAAAAUUCAUUAAUCAUUUCAAAGAAGUGUUCAUUUUCUUUCCCUUUUUUGUUCGUUUUGUUUGUGACAUUUAAUGGUUUGCAAUUAUUUGCUCCAGAAGAUCAUUUUACUUUAUAUAUAAAUGUGUUCAAAUGUCAAUAAAACAAGUAUUAAAUUUC